AGGACCCGCUCACAUUUGUUCAGGGAGAGGCAGUCCCAAAAAACCUCUCAGGCACACAACCCAGCACAGCAAGGCAGUCACACCAAGGUGGGAAAAGAGGGCAGAAGAGCGCGAGGGGCUGGAGGUGGCGCCCCUGUGUCCCACUCGUUCUCCCUGGGCUGGGAAAGAGAAGCGGUCCCUCAGAAGCGCAGGCUGCGCUAGCUUAGGAUGUACUUGGGUAACGCUCAGCUGACUCCCCGCAGGCACCCUAUGCAGGGCUUUGUUUCGGGGGGGAACCCGCACCAGCGCGUAAGGGGAGUAGGAGAGAUCUACGUGACCCUGGUGCGCAGCCGCGCCCUAUCGCCCCGGCCACGCGCCGACGCCCCGCCCCGUCCGUGACGCGUUCGCGCGGGGCGUUCGCGCGGGGCCUCCGCCCCAUCCCCCUCCCAGGCGGUCCCCAGCGCGCUGCCUCCGCCGUUCCCAGCCCCCUCGCCUCUGAGGCUGCCCGGAUAACUGCCUGAUCCAAGGCCCAGCAGCUUCUGCCUUCCCGAUCCCCACCGACGGACGGAGGCAGCCCACCUGCAGGACCGGGGCGCUGUCGGUCCACGUGGCCGCUCUGGAGCAGGUUGGAGUUGGCAGCGGGCUGCGCUGCAGGGACAGGCGCGGCGGACAGCCCCGGGGGCAGCGGCGGGGUCCUGUCUGGGAGAGGACAGGGUUGCGGCGGGCGGAACGGUGUCUCCUUCACUUCGCCCUCCAGCUGCUGCAGCUGCAGCCCGACCGCGAGCGUGCCAAGCGGCUUCAGCAGCUAGCGGAGCGGUGGCGGCGGCCCCCCUCAGGACACCACCAGAUUCCCCUUUUCCCGCGGCCUCGCCAUGGCGACCCACGGACAGACUUGCGCGCGUCCAAUGUGUAUUCCUCCAUCAUAUGCUGACCUUGGCAAAGCUGCCAGAGAUAUUUUCAACAAAGGAUUUGGUUUUGGGUUGGUGAAACUGGAUGUGAAAACAAAGUCUUGCAGUGGCGUGGCUUGGCGUGGUGAUGCUUGUGAUCCCAGCUACUCAGGAGGCUGAGGAAUUUUCAACGUCCGGUUCAUCUAAUACAGACACUGGUAAAGUUACUGGGACCUUGGAGACCAAAUACAAGUGGUGUGAGUAUGGUCUGACUUUCACAGAAAAGUGGAACACUGAUAACACUCUGGGAACAGAAAUCGCAAUUGAAGACCAGAUUUGUCAAGGUUUGAAACUGACAUUUGAUACUACCUUCUCACCAAACACAGGAAAGAAAAGUGGUAAAAUCAAGUCUUCUUACAAGAGGGAGUGUAUAAACCUUGGUUGUGAUGUUGACUUUGAUUUUGCUGGACCUGCAAUCCAUGGUUCAGCUGUCUUUGGUUAUGAGGGCUGGCUUGCUGGCUACCAGAUGACCUUUGACAGUGCCAAAUCAAAGCUGACAAGGAAUAACUUUGCAGUGGGCUACAGGACUGGGGACUUCCAGCUACACACUAAUGUCAAUGAUGGGACAGAAUUUGGAGGAUCAAUUUAUCAGAAAGUUUGUGAAGAUCUUGACACUUCAGUAAACCUUGCUUGGACAUCAGGUACCAACUGCACUCGUUUUGGCAUUGCAGCUAAAUAUCAGUUGGAUCCCACUGCUUCCAUUUCUGCAAAAGUCAACAACUCUAGCUUAAUUGGAGUAGGCUAUACUCAGACUCUGAGGCCUGGUGUGAAGCUUACACUCUCUGCUCUGGUAGACGGGAAGAGCAUUAAUGCUGGAGGCCACAAGGUUGGGCUCGCCCUGGAGUUGGAGGCUUAAUCCAGCUGAAAGAAACCUUUGGGAAUGGAUAUCAGAAGAUUUGGCCUUAAUAUAUUUCCAUUGUGACCAGCAGCAGGCUUUUUUCCCCCAAGAAGAUGAUCAAAACAAAGGAUGAUCUCAACAAGAGCUGUAUUUUAAGUAUUUAGACAGUUCUUUGUUAGCUGGUUUCUAGUUGAAUUGGUUAUCUAGUUACCAAUGCUGCAGUCCUGCAGUCACCUAUACAUUAUUUAAAUGUAUUUAACUGUUAAAUGCGCUACCCACCAAUAAUGAAAUAGACCUUUAUGAAAACUGUGCAA